CGGAACCGUUUGUGCCGAGAACUGGGAAAAAGAAAGAAAGAAGGAAAUAGAGGGAAAAAUGAAGAUAAGCUUAAUCCGAACAUACACUUUCCCAAUUUUUCGUAAACCUUCUCUUCCUUUUCACUCUACUUUCCAUAAACCCAUUUCCUUUUCAUCAUCUUCUUCUUCUCUAAAACCCAAAACCGCACUCUUUUUACGCCCACCAACCCACUCAACCCCUCUCUCAGACCUGAAAAAAUGGUACACAUGGGCCAAAACUCUCGCCUCCUCGGUCGGCUCCUCCUUUCUUCACUCGGACAACGGCCCCGACGCCUCUCUUCUUUGCAGAGAACUCAACUGGCUGUUGGAGGACUCUGUCGAAGACCAUUCACUCAUUCCCCAACUGGGUAUCCAAGAAAGUCCCCAAAAUGUUAACUUGAGGGUGGAUUUGGAUGAGUUGUAUUGUUUGUGGAAGGAGAGGAUUGAAAAAAGGAAACCUUUACAGUAUUUGGUGGGGUGUGAGCAUUGGAGGGACUUGGUUUUGUGUGUUGAAGAAGGGGUUUUUAUUCCGAGGCCGGAGACCGAGUUGAUGGUUGACAUGGUGAGUGAUUUGAUAGAGAAGAAUGAGGAGUUGAGAGAAGGGUUGUGGGUUGAUUUAGGGACUGGUUCUGGUGCUAUUGCCAUUGGGAUUGGUAGAGUUUUGGGGAAGCAAGGGAAGGUUAUUGCCAUUGAUUUGAAUCCUGUGGCUUGUUCUGUGGCAGCUCUCAAUGUGCAGAGGUAUGGUUUGCAGGAUGAGAUUGAGGUAAGGCGGGGAUUUUGGUUUGAAACAUUGAAGGAUGUCGAAGGCAAGCUUUCUGGUGUUGUGAGUAAUCCACCAUACAUACCAAGUGACCAUAUCUCUGGGCUUCAAGCUGAAGUUGGUGAACACGAACCAAGACUUGCCUUAGAUGGUGGUCCUAAUGGCCUGGAAGAUCUUCUCCAUCUAUGCAAUGGGGCUGCUUCAAUGCUGAAACCUGGUGGAUUUUUGGCAUUUGAGACAAAUGGUGAGAAGCAUUGCAAGUUUCUUGUAGAUUACCUGGAAAAUGACCCUGCAGGUAGAUUUUGCAAUGCGAAAAUAGUAUCUGACUUUGCCGGUAUUCAGCGGUUUGUGACUGGAUUUCGUCGAUGAGCAUUAUGAUUUCUGAAUGUCUUCAUAUACCAUCCAAUCCAUUAAGUUUAAAGAAAAGGAAUAGAGUUAGGUCAGUGUUUCUCAUUUGUUAUAAUAUGUAUAACAUGAAUAGUUUGUUAAUUGUUUUUAUCCAUACCCGUAUAUUUUUUGCCUGCUUACCGUUUUACCCUAGAGUUGGAUCAUUAUGAUUAAGUUUUGUUAAUAUAGCGGUUGUUAUCCUAU